UAGUAAAAUUCAAACAGUAUGUAGAAGAGCAUAUCAAGUAAAGUGAGUCUGUUGUUGAUCCAGCUGCUGUAACAUGACAUCUGAGAUGGAGACACUCCCAUCUGCUCUUAUUCAAAUGUUCCAACGUUUCUGCAUCACCUGAUGAACCAAACCUGUUUACCUGUUCUUUAUCUCUGAUCAGUCUCUUCUUACAGCUUGGAUUCCUGCCUCCUCCCUCUAACACUUUAUUUUACAACCUGAUCCAUCAUCAGUGAACUUGUGCUGCUGUAUUUUCUACCUGAAGUCUUCGGCUGCCUGUUGCAGUCUCUUCCUACAGCUUGGAUUCCUGCCUCCUCCCUCUAACACUUUAUUUUACAACCUGAUCCAUCAUCAGUGAACUUGUGCUGCUGUAUUUUCUACCUGAAGUCUUCGGCUGCCUGUUGCAGUUUCUGUUCUUGGUCAUGGAUGACUUUGUUCGUGACAAACUGACUAAAUGGGGUCUAAGCGAGUACAUUGAUCGUUUUAAAGUUCAAAGAAUUAACAAGAACAAUCUCUAUGAUCUCAAUGAAGACGACAUUAAAGAGUUGAUCCCAGAAGUGGGACCAAGAGCAGCACUGAGGGAGAGACUGAAGCAGUUAAAGAAAAUUGACGGUUUGGAGACAGACCAGAGGGAACUAAUCGGUGUUUUUGGCAGAACUGGGGCUGGAAAGAGCUCUUUGAUAAAUGCCAUCAUUGGAGAGAAGAAUCUGUUGCCUACUGGAGACUCCAAAGCCUGUACCUCUGUCAUGAUUAAAGUGGAGUCAAAUCCUAACAACUCAGAGUACCAAGCAGACAUUGAGUUCAUUACACCAAAGGAGUGGGAAGAUGAGGUUUGGUCAGUGAAGCAGUUUCUUGGAGAUAAUGCAGAUCAGGAACAGAAAAAGGAUGAUGAUGAAAAGUUGUCUGCACUGUAUGGAAAAGAGUGGAAAGACAAAUUCCCUGAAAACCCUGUAGACCCCAAAUACUUCGGAGAAAUUCCAGAAUUUCUCAACUUCAAGAAGAAGACUCUGACAUUUAAAUCAGCUGAAGAUCUUUCUGCAAACUUAAUCAGAUACACAAGAACUUCCUCAGAACGCAGACAAAAGAAAGGAAUAACGAGGUGGUUUUGGCCACUGGUGAAGUGUGUGACCAUCAAGGUGCCACAUAAUGAUCUUCUCCAACACGUCACACUGGUGGACCUUCCUGGAAGUGGAGACCGGAACAAGAGCAGAGAUAAAAUGUGGAAAGGGAUUGUUAGAGAUUGUUCUACUGUGUGGAUUUUGGCUGAAAUUAAACGAGCAACAUCAGAUAAAGAACCCUGGGAGAUCCUGGAGAACACCUGCAGUCUCAUGGGAAAUGGAGGACAGUGUCAGUGCAUUCACUUCAUCUGCACCAUGUCUGAUGUUAUUGGAGAUUCAGGUAAACGGUGUUCAGAAAAUGUUCGUGAUCACAUCGUAGAAAGAAAUGAAGAAGUGAAGGAAGACGUGAAAGAAGAGUUUGACAGUCUAAACCAGGUUAAGAAACACUUCGGCAGUGACUGUUUCCAAGUGUUCACAGUGAGCUCCAAAGAGUUCCUGGAAAAGCAACAUCUUGAUCCAGAGGACACUGAAAUACCCAAACUUCAGAGAUUUUUGAAAGAUCUCAAUGACGAUCACUCUGAGACAUUAAACUAUGUGAAGGGAGCUUAUGGGAUCCUCUCAUUGAUGGAAGGGGCCAAGUCUAAAGAAGGGCCAAAGACUGGCAGUGCUUUUCACAGGACACUGAAGUGUGUUGUUCAGAAAGAUGGCGUUCACAAAAUGACAAAAGGAAAACAAAUCAACCUGAAUGCUACAUUAGCUUCAUGGCUGACAGACAGCAUCGAUGAGGAGUUCAGGAAGACCUUCCCAAAUGAAGAUAAAAGUGGAUCAUUCAACGGAGCCAUCAGGGCGUUUUCCCUGAACACAAAGAGGCUAAAGAAGGAGAACAAAAUCCUGGAACUGCAGCUGAUGUUUCUCAAGACGGAGGAAAACAUGCUGGACUGCUACAAAAAAGCAGCAGCAUUUAGUGGAAAGGAUUCACUGGAAAACAUGAGAGAAACUAUUAAACGACAUCUACGAGUCUCAAAAGACACGAUGUUUGAGGAGGCUAAAGCUGCCAUGUUGAAGAAGAUGAAUGAUUUAAAGGAGGAGAUCCUGGAGACACUGCAGGAGAACUUGGAGAAAUCCAUUGAGAUUUCAAUGAAGACAGAUGACAGCUUAACUCCAGAUGUUGCAGCAGAACUUGAGGAGGUGAAGAAAUACUACAAGGAACUGAAACGCAGCUCAAAAUAAUUUGUACUACCAGAUUUUCUUCCAUCAGUGGACAGAAACUCCAGAGGUCUGCUCUCCUACUGAACAUCUGAGGAUCAUCGACUCAACACAGGACACUGGACUUGGUCUGAGAUGUUUUUAUUCAGUUGGUUUCUAUGUACUCUUUGAUGCUUUGGUUUGUUCUUUGACUGUUUAUUAGAGAUGUUUUGACGUUUUUCUCUUUUUAUACCUUUUUUAAAUCAUAGUAAUGAAAUGAAAGAGCCUGGUUGGAUCUGAACCAGUGAUGUUCUGGUUUUCAUCAUGCAGAUAUAAACCAUAAAACAUUUAGAUUUUAAGGAUUGAACUGUUUUUCUUUGCUUUCCAGUUGCAUAUUUUAGUUUUCUGAGUUUUUUGUGGGUUCAUUGGAUGGGGGGGCUGCAGAUUCAGGGAUUCUAUCAAUGUGUGCACAUUUAACCUUCAACCUAGAAUCCAGCUAAAACUUCAGCUUUGAUUUAACAGAUUUUAGACUUUUAAAGAGUGAUUUUGAAUUAGUGGGUUUCCUUUAAGUUCCAGGACAAACAUUUACUGAGUGUGAGAUGAUGUUGGUGUUCACAUGAAAGGAACAAACUGUCAUCAUUUAUUAUAUCGUUGUUUUAUUUUACAUUUAAUCUGCACUGAUUCUGAAUGAAAACAUGUUUCUGAUCAAACAUUAUUGUUGAACCUUCAAUCAAACCUAAACUGCAGGUUGAUGUGACUUCAGGCUUUUCAGAAUAAGUCAACAUUUACUGGAUCAUUGGUUUAUUUGGUGUCUGCUCUGUACUGAGUCUAAAUGCAUACAUUUGAUCUGAUGUACUGUCCAAUAAACACUGAG